AUGUUUACCGAAGAAACAGGAUUAACUCACGAAUGUGGUGUUUUCGGUUGUAUAGCAACAGGAGAUUGGCCAUCACAAAUUGAUGUUGCACAAGUUAUAUGUUUGGGUUUAGUCGCACUCCAACACAGAGGUCAAGAAAGUGCUGGUAUCGUGACGAGCGAAGGAAAAUGUGCAAAACAUUUCAAUACCGUUAAAGGAAUGGGAAUGAUAAGUUCCAUUUUUAACGAUGAUUCCAUGAAAAAACUAACUGGAAAUUUAGGUAUCGGACACACGAGAUAUUCGACAAGUGCCGCAAGCGAAGAAGUCAAUUGUCAACCUUUUGUCGUUCAUACAAAUCACGGAGCAAUGGCUGUUGCACAUAAUGGAGAAUUGGUCAAUUGUUCUCAAUUGAGAGAAGAUGUAUUGGCAAGAGGAGUCGGACUAUCGACUCAUUCCGAUUCGGAACUCAUAACUCAAGCACUUUGUUUAAAUCCUCCAGAAGAAGAAGAAGAUAAAAAGGGUGGACCGAAUUGGGUGGCGAGAAUAAAACAUCUCAUGGCUUUGGCACCACUUUCAUACUCUCUUGUCAUCAUGCUCAAGGAUAAAAUUUACGGUGUGAGAGAUCCUUAUGGUAAUCGACCUCUUUGCAUCGGGAGAAUAGUACCCAUCAGGGAUGAUAAGGUCGAUGAUGAGGCUGACGGAUACGUCAUUUCAUCCGAGUCUUGUGGAUUUUUAUCCAUAGGUGCUCGAUACGUUCGUGAAGUUUUACCGGGUGAAAUCAUUGAAAUGACAAAACACGGAGUUCGCUCUUUGGCCAUUGUCGAAAGACCGGAAAACAAAGCUCAAGCUUUUUGCAUUUUCGAAUAUGUUUAUUUUGCCAGAUCCGAUAGUAUUUUCGAAGGUCAAAUGGUUUAUUCGGUUCGAUUACAAUGCGGUAGAAUGUUGGCGAGAGAAAGUCGCGUUAAUGCAGAUUUAAUAAGUUCGGUACCUGAAUCUGGAACGGCUGCCGCACACGGUUUUGCUCGUGAGAGCGGUAUAGCAUUCGGAGAAGUCCUUUGUAAAAAUCGUUACGUCGGUAGAACUUUUAUACAGCCUAGUACCAGGUUGAGACAACUUGGAGUUGCUAAAAAAUUUGGUGCUCUUGCAGAAAACGUUCGGGGUAAAAAAAUCGUUUUAGUCGAUGAUUCCAUCGUUCGAGGUACGACGAUAGGACCUAUAAUAAAAUUAUUAAAAGAUGCCGGUGCGGUAGAGGUUCACAUUCGUAUAGCGUCACCACCGCUUAAAUAUCCAUGUUACAUGGGUAUAAACAUACCAACGAGAGAAGAAUUGAUUGCGAAUAAAAUGAAUGCGGCAAAGUUAGCCAAACACGUUGGAGCCGACAGUUUAGAAUACCUAUCAGUCGAGGGAUUAAUAAAAGCGGUAAGACAUGGAAUGUCACCUGUAACUCCAGAAGAUCAAAUCGGUCAUUGUACGGCAUGUUUAACCGGAGAAUAUCCAGAAAAGUUAAAAUGGUAG